UUUCAGAACGAUGAACGGUUUCGUUGACUUUGUUAAUUAAUCACUUUUGGAUUCCACAAAUGGAUGGUUAAACUGGAAUGUAUUAUGUAUAAAGUGAACACUGGAUUUCAACACAGAUUUCUUCGUUAUGUCGAGCUAUCUAGUAUCAUCACUCGUGGCUGGCGCAGCCGCUGGAACGGCUGUGGACCUGUCGCUUCCACCGGACACCGUUAAAACGCGAUUACAGAGUGCACAGGGAUUUUGGUAUGCUGGAGGUUUUCGCCGGAUUUAUGCCGGAAUAACUCCUGUUAUAGUGGGAUCGGCACCAACUGCUGCAUUGUUUUUUUGCUCCUAUGAAGCUACGAAACGGGGAGCAAGUAAGAUAUUUGGCCCUUCACAGAAAUCCGAACCCUUAGGUCAUAUGCUGGCAGCUAUGGUCGGGGAAGUGAUGGCCUGCCUCAUACGUGUACCAGUUGAAGUUACGAAACAAAGGACCCAGGCUUCUCAGUUAUCUAGUUUUGAAGUAUUGCGAGGCACGAUGCGCACGGAGGUACGAUUUCGUGGCUUAUACAGAGGAUAUAGAAGCACGGUUCUUCGAGAAAUUCCUUCCGUCAUUCAAUUUCCCCUCUGGGAAUUUUUAAAAGGAUACGUUCAGUCGAGGCAAGAACAGGAUAUAUUUGCCUGGCAGUCAGCCGUGUGCGGCAGCGUAGCCGGUGCAGUGGCAGCGGCAGCAACCACUCCUUUAGAUGUCGCCAAAACCAGAAUAAUGUUAGCCGAGCGCCAGUCUGUCCAAGCCAGAGGAGAUGUUGCUUUAGUUCUUCGAGAUAUUUGGAGUCGCGAAGGGUGGAAAGGGUUGUUUUCUGGUGUAGUGCCUCGGGUGACGUGGAUUUCCGUUGGCGGUUUUAUUUUUUUUAGGCGUUUACGAAAAAGUUAAAGCCAUGUCCAGUCAUUACUUAGAUGCCUUAGUUUGAAAUUGACUUGAGACCAAUUAUCUGAGUGUAUAAAAUUUGAUUUUUUUAAGAAUUAUUUUGUUGUUUCUCUUUGGCAGUUUUUAUCAUAUGUAGUUGGAUGAUACGGGGGACACGGUUUGUUGUGAUAUGUACAUAGUAACUGCAACUGACUGACCAGUACGAUUACUGACCAGUACGAUACCAGUACCAGUACUGACCAGAGUGCAACUGACCAGUACGAUCUGCGCUAAUAAUUUGCCAGAUCAGAUCUGAGUGCCAGAUAAAUUAUUUGCAAGGUUUUCUUGUUUUUCGACGUCCUCCUCCACCGAUGCGCUGCAACGAGACCGCCAUCAGAUGACUAGUACCGCUUUUAACAUUAAUGCUUU